UGCUUAUCCCCUUGAGUCUGGAGGGCCCCGGCAUGCCUCGAGGCGCGAAAGGCAGCCUGGGAGUCGUAGUUCUCUUGGACGCGUACCGGUCUUGCCAGCGCGGCAGUGGCGGCUCUCUCGGUUCCGUCCAGCGGGCCCUGUAAACGAGCUGAGGCGAGAAAGGGCGCGGAACUGGAAGAGGGUGAGUCAGACACUGUCUACGCGAUAAAGGGAGGCGGCACCGCGGUGCAGGGCUGAGUUGAGUAAGUGCGGCCCCUGCAGUCUAUUCAGGGACGCCGCGAUCUAGCGCCAGCGAGAAGAGGGCGAGGAGGAGUCAGAGCCCGGUCCUUGCAGCCGUUCUCGCCCUCGUACCCCGCCGCCAUCUCCACUAUGCAGUCCCGGGAAGAAGCUCCGCGCUCUCGCCGCCUGGCCAGUCCCCGCGGCGGGAGGCGACCCAAGAGAAUUUCCAAACCUUCUGUUUCGGCUUUUUUCACGGGCCCGGAGGAGCUGAAGGACACGGCUCAUUCUGCAGCCCUCCUGGCACAGUUGAAGUCCUUCUACGACGCGCGGCUGUUAUGUGACGUGACCAUCGAGGUGGUGACGCCUGGCAGCGGGCCAGGCACUGGCCGCCUUUUUUCCUGCAACCGUAACGUGCUGGCUGCCGCGUGUCCCUACUUCAAGAGCAUGUUCACCGGUGGCAUGUACGAGAGCCAGCAGGCGAGUGUGACCAUGCACGAUGUGGAUGCCGAGUCGUUCGAAGUGCUAGUCGACUACUGCUACACUGGUCGAGUGUCGCUAAGUGAGGCCAACGUGCAACGUCUUUAUGCGGCGUCUGACAUGUUACAGCUCGAGUACGUGCGAGAAGCCUGUGCCUCCUUCCUGGCCCGCCGCCUUGACCUGGCCAACUGCACCGCCAUCCUUAAGUUUGCCGACGCCUUUGACCAUCACAAGCUGCGAUCGCAGGCCCAGUCCUUUAUAGCCCACAAUUUCAAGCAGCUCAGCCGAAUGGGUUCAGUAAGGGAGGAGAGUCUGGCAGAUUUGAGCUUGGCUCAGCUGCUGGCUGUCCUGCGUCUGGAUAGUCUAGACAUCGAGAGUGAGCGGACCGUGUGUCAUGUGGCAGUGCAGUGGUUGGAGGCAGCUUCCAAGGAGCGGGGUCCCAGCGCUGCUGAAGUCUUCAAGUGUGUCCGCUGGACGCACUUCAGAGAUGAAGAUCAGGAUUACCUGGAAGGGCUGUUGACCAAGCCCAUUGUGAAGAAGUACUGUCUGGACCUUAUUGAAGGGGCCCUGCAGAUGCGCUAUGGUGACAAGUUGUACAAGUCUCUGGUACCAAAGCCAGAUAGCAGCAACAGCUCUGUUGUACCCACAGCAGAAAAUCCACCGCAGAGACUGGGUAUGUGUGCCAAGGAGAUGGUGAUCUUCUUUGGACAUCCCAGAGAUCCCUUUCUCUGCUAUGACCCAUACUCAGGGGACAUUUACACAAUGCCAUCCCCUUUAACCAGCUUGGCUCACACUAAGACUAUCACCUCCUCAGCUGUCUGUGUCUCUCCAGACCAUGACAUCUACCUGGCCGCUCAGCCUAGGAAGGACCUCUGGGUGUAUAAGCCAGCCCAGAAUAGCUGGCAGCAGCUUGCCGACCGCCUGUUGUGUCGGGAGGGCAUGGAUGUGGCCUACCUCAAUGGCUACAUCUACAUCUUGGGUGGGAGAGACCCGAUUACUGGAGUUAAACUGAAGGAAGUGGAAUGCUAUAGUGUUCAAAGGAAUCAGUGGGCAUUGGUGGCUCCCGUACCCCAUUCCUUCUACUCCUUUGAACUAAUAGUGGUUCAGAACUAUCUCUAUGCUGUGAACAGUAAGCGCAUGCUCUAUUAUGAUCCUAGUCACAAUACGUGGCUGAACUGUGCUUCUCUUAAACGUAGUGACUUUCAAGAAGCCUGUGUCUUCAAUGAUGAGAUCUAUUGUAUCUGUGACAUCCCCGUCAUGAAGGUCUAUAACCCAGCCAGGGGAGAAUGGAGGCGGAUUAGUAAUAUUCCCUUGGACUCAGAGACCCACAACUACCAGAUUGUCAAUCAUGGCCAAAAGUUGCUCCUCAUCACUUCUACCACCCCUCAAUGGAAAAAAAACCGGGUGACUGUUUAUGAAUACGAUCCUAGGGAAGAUCGGUGGAUUAAUAUAGGUACCAUGUUAGGUCUUUUGCAGUUCGACUCUGGCUUUAUUUGCCUCUGUGCUCGUGUUUAUCCUUCCUGCCUCGAACCUGGACAGAGUUUCAUCACUGAGGAAGAUGAUGCACGGAGUGAGUCUAGUACUGAAUGGGACUUAGAUGGAUUCAGUGAACUGGACUCAGAGUCAGGAAGUUCAAGUUCUUUUUCUGAUGAUGAAGUCUGGGUGCAGGUGGCACCUCAGCGAAAUGCACAGGAUCAGCAGGGUUCUUUGUAAAUAUUUUGAAGCACUAAAAUGUUUCUACUGCUAUGGAAUGUAUCUUUAAAAGAUUUCCUUUUCCUGAAAAAAGAAAAAUGUUGAUUAGGACUGCAGAUUUGGUUUAGAAAGGGUAAUGUUUGAAUUACUAAUGUAAUGUUACAAAAUUUAAACAGUCCAUGAAAUCAACCUAUAUAAUAAUUUACUGUGCUAAAGUCGAGAUUAAAAUAUGCAAAAAUGAACCAUAUAAUUGAUUAGAAUGCUUGGUGGUUUUUUUCAUUGUUCAAGUAUUUGUUGUACCAGUGGAUUGUUUUGGUUAGUUACCCUCUUUAUAUUUUGAUUACCUACUUUAUUCUUCUGUUAACUUUUUAAUUCUAUUUAGUGCCACAAAGAGUUUAACUUUUCAAUUUUUAUAGUAGAAAAUUGGACUAGAAAUUGUUGGUAGGGUUUUGAAGGUUUAUAUUUUCCUUCAGAAUACUCAAAGUAGUAGAUUUCCCAAAUUUUGAACUAGCCAGUUUUUAGUAUUAUAAGUUACUAUAGUUUGUUAAAUUUGGUUUGGUUUUCUCCCCUUCUGCAAAGAAAAAAAUUUGGAUACAUAUAUAUGAUAUAAAAUGGGAUUUCAUUUUGAUAAUGUGCAGAAUCGUCUUAAGAGCUCACUGAAAGUAAAAAAAAAAAAAAAAUCAGGAUUCUGCUGCUUCAAAAGAAAUUUCCAAGAUUAAUUUUGGAACAUAACGUGUAGCUGCUAAAUGUGACCAUUUUUCUAUUUUAAAAAUCAUCCAUUCUAGUAGUGUCACCGAUUAAACACCCUUCUAAACCAAAAAAAAAAAAAAAAAAAGUAACUUCUUUGUAAGACCAUAUAUUUCAUCUAUACCUUAUACAUGCUUCACUGAAUCAAAGGAAAAAUCCUUUUUUUCACUGCAUAUGAUUGAGUAAUGUAAUUAUCUAUCGGUCAUGCCUAGUCUUAAAAAGUUUAUAUGCUUUCCUAAAAUAUUUGGGCUGUAUAGUUUUGGUGUUCAUCUUAGAGGAUUCUUCAGCAGGAAGUGGUUUAUUUUUUACUGUUUUUGUGAGGUAAUGCUGGUUUUGAAAAUAAAUUUAAGCUUAAAGGGGUA